GCUCUGUAAAUGCUACCGCUAUGAAUGAAGUGCAUGAAAACAUGGUUGUUUUUCAGCGUUCUUUAGAGUUUUUAAAUCUUAGCACGUAAUUACAAAUAUUGUAAUUUUAAUUACAUUAUGAAAUAGAUAAAUUAAAUAAAAACCUAAAUUUUUGGUUACACUUGACGAAAUUUAUGAAUAACCUACCAUUAAUGUCAAGAAGUGCUAAGACAGUUCAGUUGGUAAUAGAAAUAAACAUGAAUUUUAGUCACAUUUAAUGUUUUGAGUGUUCAGGAUGGUUGUUGGCUCGGCGGCCUAUCCAGGGAGACAAGUGCUCCACAAAAUGCAGCCUAUGGGCAUGACGCCCCGCGAGUUGUCCGAAUACGACGACAUUGCCACGGCACUUAUAGUGGAUCCUUAUCUCGGCAUUACAACACACAAAAUGAACAUUCGGUAUAGACCAUUGAAAGCAAAUAAGGAAGAAUUAAAAAAUAUAAUCAAGGAGUUUAUCCAAACUCAAGAUUACAAUAAGGCUUACUCAAAACUGGCCCGUGGUGAAUGGAUGCCAAGACAUUUUAGUAAAAAUAAACAUCAACAAAAUAAGUUAAGGGAACAUAUAUACCGUUACCUUCGAGUUUUCGAUAAAAAAGCUGGGUUUGCAAUUGAGCCAUGUUACAGAUAUUCUUUAGAAGGUCAAGUUGGGGCUAAAAUUUCAACUACAAAAAAAUUUUUUAAACAUGAAAGAAUUGAUUUUUUGGUUGGCUGCAUUGCUGAAAUGACUGAAGAAGAGGAAAAACAGUUGCUUCAUCCUGGGAAAAAUGAUUUUUCAGUUAUGUACAGUUGUAGAAAAAAUUGUGCUCAAUUGUGGCUAGGCCCUGCUGCUUACAUCAAUCAUGAUUGCAGGCCUACAUGUACAUUUGAAGCCACCGAUCGUGGUAAGGCCUUCGUUCGUGUGUUGAGGGAUAUUGAUGUAGGUGAGGAAAUAACAUGUUUUUAUGGUGAGGAUUUUUUUGGUAAUGGAAAUUGUUACUGUGAAUGUGAAACUUGUGAAAGACGUGGAAAAGGUGCAUUUUCUGUACAAAAUGCACAUAAUGAUGAACAAGCCACUAGGUAUAGAUUUAGAGAAACCGAUAAUAGAAUAAAUAGGACAAAAGCAAAGCAAACACAAAAACCCAUUAAUGGUAAAAAUCCAGAAAAAACUCGAAUAUCAAAUAGGCAAGUUUCUAAUAAUAUAGUAUCUCCACUAAGUAUGAAAGAAAUGAAGCAGAAAGGAUUAACGAAGUAUGACGCUGAACUACUAAUAGCUCAGGGAUGCAUUGCAGAUGUUGUAGAUGGAGCCAUUAGCAAAGAAGCUCAGAGCAGCAGAGAGUCGUCUGCGUCGAGUCGUGGGGAGCGCCUGCGCCGCCGGACGGACAGCGGUCGUCAGAGUGGAGCCCUGCCUACUGCCAGAGCACCUCCAUCGCGAUGUUGUAGUAUUACCAGUUCUCGUAGCAGUCGAGACUCACAUUCUGGUAUAGUUUUAAGAAGUCAAAAACGUCUCACUGAUAGUUGUACUCAAUCAACUUGUUCAAAAACUAAAAAUUCUACUAAAUCAGUUUCUGAAGGUAAAUUGAGUGGAGACCAUAAUAAUAUAUCUAAAAUUGAUUCUGACACUACUCAUUUAGAAACUAACAAUAUAAGUAUUAAAACUGAAACUGCCCUAGACUUACAAAAAGAACACUGUGUAUCUGAACCUCAGCAGAUUACUAGUAGUGAAAUAGAUACAUUACCAACAGAGAACAAAUGUGAUACAAAUGAAUCUCUGCAGCAAAGUGAAAUGCCUUUAUUAGUUACUACAAAAACAGAAACUUCCAAAACAGAUAAUGUAAAUACAAAUGAACCAGCUAUAGAAAAUGUUAAGUGUGUAAGUGAUGAUGUAUGUAUAAAAAGUGAAAAUUAUGACUUUAGAGAAAAUGUUAACCCAAGUGAAUCUAAGGAUAGUAAAAUAAAUAAGCAUCACAAAGUUGAUGUUUCAAGUAGGACUGAAGAAACUAAAAAAGAAUCUGAAUCGGGACCUCCAUGGUUGGCAGACAAUUCUAACAAAAGCAGUGAAUGCCCCUGUACCCCUCCACGCCGUGGUUUGAAACUGACCCUUCGUGUGAAGCGCAGUCCUGUUGUGGAGGAAGUAAUGGAUUGUGGAGGUCCUGCUGAAGCCCCUGAAUAUGAAGUGCUGAGAUUAGAGGGCGUAGACCCCGAAACGGCGCGACGACUAAAGAAAAGACGUCGAUCUAAAGAGCGGCACCGCAAGCAUAGCCCUAUCCGUCCCUUGCCUCCUAUGAAACGCUUAAGAUUAAUUUUUGGUAAUGAAAGUCGUACUAUUGACUUACCUCCUGAUAUAUCAGCAGACUGACAGCCACAACCGGCUUGUGGUUACGUUUCCACCGUUAAUAUUCAAUUAUUAGUUUAAUUAAUGUCACUGACUAGGAUUAUUUUAUCUAGUAUUUAUUAUUGUGAAGUGAAAUUCAAUUCAAGUAUUGUGAUAGGUAACAAAUUGUUUUAAUUCAUAAAUCCAUGAAAUUAUUUACUAAGAAAUAAAAUCCAAUUGUGUUAUUUUAAAUAUUUGACAAAAGUUAAUGCUUAACUUAAGGUUCCUUUAUGGUUUUGUAAAAUUAGUGAUUAUAAGGAACCA